UGGCACUUGAUAUUCCUGCACCCUCGCGAACGAGUUGAAUCGAAAGCAUUCCCCAGUUGUUGGCAGCUCGGAAACCCUGCCGACACAGCUGCUGCUCGCACUUCGGCGUCGGCUUACAGCACGUUAUUAAGGACUACCAGGAAUAGACGUCAUGUCUUCGCAGGCGUCACACGUGACCUCACCAUGGACAUUUGUGAAGCUCUACAAUUACUUCUGGUCCCGAAGGGAUCCUCGAACAGAUGGAUACGGCGGCAUAGCGGACUCCAAAUUCGUGCUUCCACUUCUAGUGGCCUACGUGUACUUCGUCAAGGUCGGCGGCCCAAAUUGGAUGAAGGACCGCAAGCCGUUCAACCUAAAGUGGGCCGUCCUGACGUACAACGCGUUGACGGUUCUCGCCAACGCAUACUACGCGGUGCGGGUGUUUCAGGUGGCGUACCUGUCGGGUCACUACAGCUGGAUAUGCCAGGGGAUCAACUACGACAACCCGAGCGAUCGGGACACGGAGAUUAUCCGCCUAGUUUGGUGCUACUGCCUGGUCAGAGUCGCCGACUUCCUGGACACCGUGUUCUUCGUGUUGCGCAAGAAGACCUCGCAGAUCACGUUCCUGCACGUGUCCCACCACGCGUUCAUAGUGUUCAGCGGGUGGUUCUACAUGAACUUCGGCACCGACGGGCAGCCCGUCAUCGGAGUGAGCGUCAACGCCCUCGUGCACGUCAUCAUGUACUCGUACUACUUCCUCGCCGCCCUGGGUCCCUCGGUGCAGAAGUACCUGUGGUGGAAGCGCUACCUCACCGAGCUUCAGAUCAUUCAGUUCGUCGGUCUCAUGAUGCACAUGUCGAUCACUCUGUUCUACGACUGCGGAUACCCGCGGCCGCUGGCCAUCUUUGCGCUCAGCCAGGGCUUCUUCGGCCUUCUGCUGUUCAUAAACUUCUACGUCAGAAACUACAUCCUCAGGAUGACCCGAGCAAAAUGCCCUGGAACCAUCAGCAAGAGUGAUUAGGGACUCAGUGUACAGAACUAACGCCGGUUGACGGAAGGAAUACAGUGCAGCACACACUCCAAUAACAAAAAAAAAAAGCCGUGCACCACUUGUGCGCCGAGACUGUGCACGGCGCGUUGGGACGAUUCAUGUGUGCACAGCGUUUGCAGUGUAUGUGCGAUUUCAAAGCUGAACAGCAUGUCAGAUCGUUGUUGGUCUAAUCCCACUGAGUGUGCGAUCGUUAUAUUUCAGCGAAGUUCUUAGCUGGUCCUUCGAUCUCUGUACUGGUCGAACAUAAGUCACUGCCAAAACCAGUCGGUUGGUGAAACUAAUACCGCAGUAGAACUAAAUUUGUAAUAACAAAAGAAUCUGACGUAGAACUACCCAGAAAAUAAUAUGGAACUAAAUUUGAUGAUGGACAUAGUGAAGACAACUGGAAAAAUUACUAAAGAAGAACUUUGAGUUCCUGAACAGGAGCGUUAUGGUAAGAUAACGCAAUUACUAGGUGUGUCGCAGGGUACGUAGAUAUAUGUAAUUAUAUGGCAAUGUGUUUUUUCCUAUGUAGUGUCAACUUUUUUACUCUAAACGGUCAUGAAAAGUUUGUGCUCUUUUUUCGCUUACAUAUAUAUUUCGUUCUUGUUUAGCGUUUGCGUAAGGCUACAAUUUCGGUGUAGCAGGUUCUUCGAUGUACGAGCACGUUUAACAUUGCCACACUUAAUAAAUAAAUUGCCACACAUUGCCACACUUUUUGUAAAUUUGUACUCUCGCUCUGGUAUUGUUCCCACGCCUGAUAAACAAGACGACAAGUCAACAGUGCAACCAUUAUGCUUUUAAAUGGCAGUUCUACGUACGGUUCCUUAAAGAACACACUGAGAAGUCUGUGGUAUCUCGAUCGAGAAACCGUACGAACCCUAGAGUGCUCGCACCGUAGCUCCCAGAGAGUCUUAAGUGGACGCCCCCUCUAGGAGUGAUAUGCAACCUUCAACAAUUAAGGGAACGAUCAGUUUGCUUGCUUUGGCGUGAUUGAUACGAAUCGCGAUUUCGAUAGAACUACCUAAAAAAAAGGCCGCCAGCAUUUUGCCACUCGAGUAAAUGCGCCGCAGAGUGGUGGGUUUACACUUAUUAGUUAUUUCGUCUUCCCUAUUCUUAUUUAUUGAAUGAAAGAUGAUAGACUGAUAACAAAUAACCUCAACUGGUCACCUCAUAUUGAAUACAUUAUUAAAAAUGCUAACCGCAUGCUUGGCGAUUUACGACGUAACUUUUUUAACGCUGCACAUGGCUUGAAACUGCAGCUUUAUAAAACAAUAACACGGUCUAAACUGGAAUAUACUACAGCCGGGUGGGACCCCGCCUAUAAUAAUCUGGUAACUUCCCUUGAACUUGUUCAGAAUAACUCUGUUCGUUUUAUAUUGUCCAAUUAAUAAGAGAACCACGAGCAUUUCAACCAUGAAAACAUUCCUUGCACUCCAUUCCUUAGCAUCUCGCAGAAAAUUCUCCCGUUUAACUCUAUUUCACAAGAUGUACCAUCAUCCCAUCUUGUAUGACCAACUACUACUUCGCCCACAGCACAUAUCCCACCACAUUGACCAGCAUCACAAAGUAAGCAACCCUUCAUGCAACACAACACUUUCUUCAAUUCAUUUUUUGCCUUGCACAUCAAACGAGUGGAACAGACUUACCGGUGACAUUGUCGCUAUUAGCGAUAACAACUUGUUCCGUGAUUCAUUAGCUAAUAUUGUGCAAUAGGUUCUUUUUGUUUAAAUAGCUAACAUUGUAUAAUUAGGUUCGGUGUUGUAUUACCUAACAUGUAAUAUUAUAUGGUGUAUUAGCAGACAUUGCAUUUUAAGAGAUUUAUUUGUACGAUCUAACCGUAUUCUCUGCUUUUUGUUGUAAAUAAUUUUUUAUUGUAAAUAACUUACUCCCCUCUGUAAUGACAUUUGGCCCUGAGAGUAGAAUAAACAGAUAAAUAAAUAAAUAAAU